AAACGCUCCAGCCGAGGGUUCCCACGGGCGCCAGGGGGCGCCACCCGCGGGCCUCCCUCGCCGCGUUUCUCCGCUUCCUGGGUCGGCGGCAUGGCUUCUUGGCGGCGGCUGGCGAGUCCUGCUCUCCGGGGGCUGGCCGGGCUCCGAGGCGAGGGGGCGGCCCCGGGCAGGUACCUUCACACCGAAAAUCAUGACACGGCACGCUUGGAAACCUCCUCCGCGAAAACUUUAAUGGACAUUGGAACUCGGAGGAUCUUCUCUUCAGACCAUGACAUCUUCCGACAAAGCGUCAGAAAAUUCUUCCAGGAGGCCGUGGUUCCGUAUCAUGCAGAAUGGGAGAAGGCGGGGCAGGUCAGCAGAGAACUCUGGGAAAAAGCUGGCCAGCAGGGGCUGCUGGGAGUCAACAUAGCGGAAGAACGUGGCGGCAUAGGAGGAGAUCUCUUCUCCGCAGCGGUCGUCUGGGAAGAACAUGAUUUGCAGGGCGUGCGGACGUUUGCCAAAAAGGACGGGAGCGACUGGAUCCUGAAUGGCAGCAAGGACACGGCAGAGCUCUUCUUUGAAGACGUCCGUCUCCCGGCCAGCGCGCUGCUUGGGCACGAGAACAAAGGAUUCUAUUACCUCAUGGCGGAACUGCCUCAGGAAAGGCUCCUGAUAGCUGAUAUGGCAAUUGCCAGUUGUGAAUUCAUGUUUGAAGAGACAAGAAACUACGUGAAACAAAGGAAAGCUUUUGGAAAAACGAUCGCCCAUCUGCAGACAGUACAGCACAAGUUGGCGGAACUGAAAACGCAGGUUUGCGUAGGCCGGGCAUUUUUGGAUAGCUGCCUCCAGCUUCACUCGGCAAAACGCCUGGACUCUGCCACUGCUUCGAUGGCCAAAUACUGGGCUUCUGAACUCCAAAACAGUGUGGCUACCCAGUGUGUCCAGCUCCAUGGCGGAUGGGGGUAUAUGUGGGAAUACCCAAUUGCCAAAUGUUUUGUAGAUUCUCGCGUCCAGCCCAUCUAUGGUGGUACCAAUGAAAUAAUGAAAGAGCUUAUUGCCAGAGACAUUGUAAGUGAUAAAUAGGUUGCUGGUUAUCCUGGUUCCCGAAUCCAAUUGCUGUCGGCCUGGAGUUCAAUUAUACAUGGAAAUGACUCUGGAGGAAGAAACUGUGCCUAGCUGAAGAAGAGGAAACGCUGUUAUUAAAAAUACUGUGCAAACACCGAAACAUAUCACCCUUGUUUCUUUUGUUGACCUGCAACUCUGUCAUUCGGCAGAGGUGUGAUUCCAAAAGACAAAAAAACUGUGUGAUGGUAUUAACAGGCAAAACAAACUAAAUUCUGGGUAUUAAUCUGAACUUGGAUCCUUUUAUUCUAGUGUAACUCAGUCUAGCCCUAAGCGUUAGAAUGGAACACACACAGAUUGGAAGAAUUGCUAUUGUUAUUGAAAAGAGGAAACCGCUCUGAGCUGGAAAGAUGCAGUAAUGGAAAAUCCUUGGAAAGGGUGAGACGCCAGCCUGUCCCUGACACACCCUAAUAAAAAAUGUAUAGUUCUUCUAACAGCCUUCACAUAUCUGUAUAAACCCAGAAAGUACUUGUCAGAGCUGAGAAACGAUCCGGGAUAUUAAUAAACUUUACA